AUGGCAUCCAUGUUCUGUAUAGCCUGUAUCAGCCUGGGAAGAUAUAUCACGAUUCGGAAACCGUUCAACAGUCAAUUCUCUUUGAACUGCACUCUAAAAAUCCUCCACUUGCUUCAGAUCCGGAAACACUUCUAUCAAAGUAUCCCAGUGGUGACAUUGUUGCUGUACUUCUUUGUCAUUAUUCCCAUGUUGCUCACAGUGGAAACAAUUGAUGUUACCCGAGACAGGCGCGACUGUCGAAUCAGUGACAAAAGUAUCUGGAAUCCACUCACCAGUAUCUUUGUUGGCGUUUCCUUCAUUGGUUUGCUAACGUUUGUCAGCUUGAAUUACGGUGAAAUUGUGCGACAUGUGCGUCGUAAAUUCUCAAAACGAAAAGCGAGAGGUAAGCAGUCAACUGAAGUUCACAUGCAAUUGGUACACUGA